AUGUCCUUUUUCUGCCACUACCAAUCCCACCUCCCUCUAACCCAAACGGACCACGAACCCUCACCUCUCACCGAAGCCCUCGAACAGGCACGAGAAGCAGCCCACUCAGCACGAGACAUGGCAGUGCAAGCACAAAAUGCAACCGAAGAUGCCAAGAAGAACUAUGAUAAAUCAGAAGAAAACUUCCACGAUGCCUUUCGAAGGUAUACCGAAGCACGGGAGAGACUAGAUGACGCUUUAGAAAAGUCAACUGAGUCGGCGAGGAGGUUUACUGAGGCGUUGGAGAGGUAUGAGGCAGAAUUUGAGAGGGUGAGGCGAUAA